GCAAAGAAUAGAGUAAUACGCAUGUAAUACGGGAGGAAUCAGGAACAGGCACAGCAACCACGGCACCGACCUGCUAUGUGUGCUCGCAAUUAUAGAUUAUUUUUUGAUAGCUCGGUGUAUUUUAGCGAAAAAAGAUUCGUAAUACUGACAGAAGACAAUCAUGUCUGCUAAUAAAAAGUACGGUCUUAUAUUACCUGGAAAGGACAAACCGCAGCCGCUUACAUUUCAAGCUUCUCGGAAUGUGUUCGGAAAUGAUUCCGACUCUGAUGAUGAAAUUAGGAAAAGACCUGCUUUACUUCGACCCAGUCACAACAUAAACAGACAGGCAAAAAUAUCUCAAGAAAAAGCUAUAGAAGAAGAUCCCACUGUGUACCAGUAUGAUGAAAUAUAUGACUCCAUGGCCAGUAAGAAGGAGGAAGAGAAGACUAAGGGCAAAGAAGAAAAGAAGCCGAGAUAUAUCGAGAACUUGUUGAAAGCUGCCACCAAGAGAAAAAUUGAAAAUGAGAGAAGGAUUGAAAGACAGAUUCAAAAGGAAAGGGAAAAGGAAGGGGAUGAAUAUGCUGACAAAGAAGUGUUUGUCACUUCAGCUUACAAGAAGAAGCUCGAGGAGAUGAAACUGGAAGAAGAAAGAGAGAAGCGGGAAGAGUACUUAGAGAGCAUUGGGGAUGUCACUAAACAGAAAGACUUAGGUGGAUUCUAUCGACAUUUGUAUGAACAAAGGUUGGGAUCAGAUAAGAAUAAAGAAGAUGAUGAAGCAAAUAUAGCUGUAGGUAAACUACAGACUCAAAAUAAUGAAGAUGAAAAAUCACCAGAAAAACAAGAAACACAUAGGAAAAGGAAUUACAGAAAGCGAAAAUCUUCUGCUGAUUUAAAGAAAAAUUUAUCUGAAGGAGAGAUUGAUGAUUCUGAUGAGGAAAUUAACCGUUUAAACAUCACUGAUAUUAGAGAAGCGAAGAGGACUAAGAAUUAUGCUGAGCUUGAUGCAGAUUCAGACUUCUCUGUUGAUGAUCCCAGUGAUGAAGAUGUCGAUAAUAAGGAAAGUGUUAAAAAAUCACCAGAGGUAACUCCAAAACCACCACCAUCAAAUGAUACAUUCAAAGAACCUGCUCCCAAAGUGGAAUCUAAAGAUACAGAGUCCAAGAGCACGAAGACUAAAGAGUCAAAGGAUGAGCCAGUUCCGCCACCUAAGCCUAAAAUUGAUAUAUGGAAAAAGAGAACUGUAGGUGAUGCUUUUGUACAAGCUGUAAAGAGAUAUUAUGAAAGAAAAGCAGCUAGAGGUUGUUAACAAAAAAAUGUUCUUAACAUGGAUAAUUUU